AUGAAAACUGAGAACAACGACGAUGUUGCGGAACGAAGUUUUGAUGAUGACGACGUCACUUUGAAUGUGGAGGAUGAUGCGGUUUCUUCGGCCAGUUCUGAGAGAGAUGAAAGUCUUAAUGCGAAUGAUGAUGACGAGGCUGGGGUAAGUUCCGACGGAAGUGGGUCAAGCAAGAAACAGAGAAGAAACAGAACAACGUUCUCGGCCGAGCAGCUUCGAGAGCUGGAGUCGGUGUUCCAGCACACCCACUAUCCCGACUGCACCCUCCGGGAACAGAUUGCAGACAAGGUGGACCUGACGGAAGCAAGGGUGCAGGUGUGGUUCCAAAACAGAAGAGCUAAAUGGCGGAAGCAAGAGAAGAGCAUGGUUCGAAUGAUUGAUGUAUGGAGACAAAGAUGCGAUACCUACCCACAAGUCAUCUCACAUCCGUUACAAUCACUUCCGCCAUCACUUCCACCUACAAUGCGACCACCAUUGUUUCCAUGGAUACCGAGGUUUCCGGUCUCCUUUCCCCCACUCUUCCACCUGCCCACGUUUCCUAUAGACAACUCCCAGCCCUUGUUCAAAGGUAAAUAGAGUCCAUUACAUCUGAACUCUCCCACAGUUCCUUCGCCUACGAGAAAAUACGAGACUUUCGCACGAGAUUACCUUGAGAGACUGUCAACUGAAUCAAAGGAACGUAGUACAGCCACGACAGACGAGUCGUCAGCGCAUUCCAAAAUACGCGAUACGUCAUGAUGACGUCACGAUGACGUGUUACAUAGAUGGUACGUGUAAAUAAAUAAUCUAAACGUGCCUUUUUACGACGGUUACACAAGGGAAGAGCAGGAACUCAAUUGUCGAAGGCGUCGUAAUUCGCUGUGCGGAGUGACGUCACUGACGUGCAAAGAUAUUUUUUUCCAUCAAAUGUGUACCUCAAGUGCUGAGGAUAUCUUAUUGUACAUAGCUGUUAAUUCUCUGUGAGUUUGUAUUUAAAUGAAUUGUAAAAACAUAGAGAUGGGAUCCUGUAAGUUUGUAGUCCCGGAUAUUCCCUGAUUAAGAUCCUAGGUUUGUCAACACAGUAACAACGUGACGUCACCACAGUAACAUCUUCAUCAACGUGACAUCCUCACUGGUAUGAGAUAGUAAUAUAAUGAUUAUCUAAAAACCUCCUGAAAGGUUGU